CGCAGUGGUUAGCGCUCCCGGGUCACAAUCGCAAGGUCGCGAGUUCGAGUUUACUGGGUGACGAACGGCUCUGCCAGGACCACGAUUGGCUAAGAUCUUUAGAGGAUUUUCCAUUAAAAAGAAAGAACAAGAUUCAUACCAGUUGCAGUCUACUGCAUAGCCACAGAGCCGGAGAUGACCAGAUAAGGCGCAAACUGUCAACAAACGAUGCUAACAUUAAGAAAAACCCAGCUUAA